AGGUUCCUGGAUGGCAGUUCUCCGGGGAGAGGAUUCCGCGCCUGCGCACAGCGGAGGAGGUUCCCGGAUGGCGGCUCUCCGGGGAGAGGAUUCCGCGCCUGCGCACAGCGGAGGAGGUUCCCGGAUGGCGGCUCUCCCGCAGAUACGUCUGCAGAAGUGAAGUCGGCCACAGAGCAGCCCCCAGCAGAAACGUUCCCGCACGGUGGAGGACUUCAACCGCUUCUGCAGCUUCGUCUUGGCCUACGCCGGGUACAUACCUCCACCUAACAAGGAAGAGCCAUCAUGGACCCCUCCAGGCACAUCCCCUCAUCGGACGGAGGAGAGCGACAGCUGGGACUCCCCGGAACCCCCAGAGGAUCCACAGCCCCGGCGACCUCUGACCUCAGCACUAUCGAGACAUUCGUCAUGAAGGCCAAGGGCCAGGCGGGAGAAAGCAGCGGGAAGAGGAAGGGGGCGGAACAUUCCCGCGUGAGGCGGAGCAGCCGCAGAAAGAGGAGGCAGAGACACAGAGGAGGAGCCAGUGUGAAAAUGAGUGACACGGACACUGAUGAUGAGGACAGAGGGCGGAGACCAUUGGCUCCUCCCCCCGCACCACAACCUCCCCCCAGCGCAGAAAGCAGCGGGACGGGGGGUGGCAGCUCGAGUGACGCCGAUACGCAGGUGAUGGAUGAAGACAUCAUGGUGGAGUCAGGUGACGACUCGUGGGACCUGGUGACCUGUUACUGCGAGAAGCCGUUUGCCGGGCGUCCGAUGAUCGAGUGUAACAUUUGUUGUACGUGGGUUCAUCUGUCCUGUGCGAAGAUCCGCAAGAGUAACGUUCCAGACAUCUAUUACUGCCAGAAGUGCAGAGACGGGCGGAGCGGGAGCAGCACGGGGCCCAAGGAGGAGCCCUGA